AUGUUGAAGAACCAGCCCAGCAACAACGAAUCCGUGAAGGUCCCAUCUAUGGUCAAGAAGGCCAAUGCAGCCCCGUUUAAUGAAACAGGCGCGACCAUCUUGGACAUCACCAGCAGCCCUGGAGCAAGCAGUUCGAACGAAGAAGAUUUCAUUGCUGGAAGACAGACUGUGGAAGAUGAACGAUUUGAUGCCAUUAUUGGUGAAUUGGAGGACGUUCUAGUCAGUGAUGAGUUCGCCAAGUUUGAUGCAACUUUUUGCAAAUCCUACGCAUCGCCCUUCAAGGGAGCUAAACGAACGACUGCUCAAAGUGAUGCAUUUGCUAUAUGGAAGGAGCAAGUCAGUGACUUCUUGACACCACAAGUCACUGCUACCUUAUCAUGGUUUGAUAUGGAAGAGUUUCUAUUAUCUCUCAAGUCUCACCCACAACUCGAAGGAGACGUGUUCGACUUUUUAGCUACAUUGGUCGAUUUUGAUGCAUUCAAGGAGAAAAUGGCUGAGCACGUUCAGCCAACAAACCAAGGAUUGGAUUUCUCUGACUUGCUGGCAAUCAGACCAGCCUCGCGUAAAUAA